UACACAUGGCUGACUAGUGUCCAUAGUCUUUGGUAUCCGUGAAUCUGUCUAUUGUUUAUCAUUUAACGCCUAUUGUUAUAGUGAAAAUUAUGUAACACCUACCACAGAGAAAGACUUAGGUACAGUCCGGCUAUUAAAGAUUCAAUCUAAGUAUUAAAGCUUAUAGAAAAAGAAGGGAUAAUGCCAGAUGAAGGGUUCCAGCAGGUGGAUGAGAAACAUGUGGCUAACGAAGUGGAACAUAUGCUCUGGUCCCCUAAGAUUGAUUUAAUUGCAUUGGCCAAUGUACAUGGAGAGGUAGUAUUACAUCGUUUGUCAUGGCAGAAAGUUUGGUCUCUUCAACCAUCUUCUGAGGAAGAUAAAGUUGGCGGUCUGGCAUGGCGUCCAGAUGGUAAAGUUUUGGCGGUGGGUUAUAGAAGUGGUAAAAUACAGCUUGUUAAUACAGAGAAUGCCUCCAUUCUUCAUUCUACAGACUUAGAAGGAGAGAUAACAUCUUUAAGUUGGAUAAACCAAGAAUUUCCAGCUGGAAAACCCUGGACUCCUGAUCCAUAUAUGGAAGAUAAUUCCAAAGAUCUCUUACCAAAACUUCAAUCUUUGGAUAAAAGUUAUGGUUCCAUUUCUAAAGGAAACCACGAAGAAAGUGUUGAAGACAGAAAAAGACUACUAGACCAAAAAGAAUUGAAUUUAUUACUUGUUGGAACCAAUAAAGAUCAAUUACAUUUGUUUGCGUAUGGCAUUUUUCCAUGUGGUAUCCUGACAUUUUCUUUAUUAGAUGGUUCAAAGUCUCGGCAUAUCUACUGUGCAUCUAUAUCCCAGGAUCUGCAUUGUUUGUCUAUAAUCGUGGAAUCAACUUUAGAUAACUCAGAAGAUAUAGACUAUUACAUGCUUUCUUAUGAUACAACUCUUCUCUUAUCAAGACAUAAAGAAAUACGCUUGAUGGCUUUGAAGUAUGGACAGUUGGCCACAUUAAUUGAAUAUCUACAGACAACAAUACAACAGAUGUCUGAAGCUUGGGAAGAUAUUCUCAUGGAAAUGGAUUCAAAGUUACUCAAGUAUGCUGAAGAAAAGAAAAAGACAUCAGAAAUUGGAAGUGUUAGCAACGAUUUCCUUGAACUAUUAUUGUUUGGAACACCUAAUUGGGGUUUACGAACCUUUCUUCAACAUGAAUUAACUGAAAAGGGUCUUAAGAAACUUGGACAGUCAAUAGAAAAUUCUUAUUCUAAUAUACAGAAACUGGUUGUGAAGCAUUUACAGAUUGUUAGUCAAGCUAUUGUGCAUCAUCUAGAUGAGUUUCGUGGUAUGUCACUUUGGUAUGAGAAGUUUGGAGUUUUAGGCUUAGAAGUAUCAAGUCUACAGGAAGCUGUAAAAACUGCUGGAUCUUUUGUUUUAAAAACCAGUGAAUUACAGCAAGUAAUAGAUGGAAGUAUUAAGAAUUUUAAAGCAUUUUUGAAAUGGCUGUAUGUAGUAAUUUUAAGAUUAUCUAAUGAACAACCUCCAGCAGAACUUACUAAGAUGACACAGCAUGAUGUAAGUUUUGUGGCUGAUUUUCUUAAAGACAACUUUUCCCGAUAUCCACAGGAUGGAGAUAGACAGAAUGAAGAGGACAAAAAACAAAGAUUUAGAUUAGAGAAAGUUGGUCAGUAUUUAAAGAAAGAAGAUCUUCCUUUGCCUCCAGAUACAAGCAGUAAUUUAUGGAAGCAGUUUCUGAAUUCAAAUAAUUUUCAGAAUGAUAGUAGUCUGAUUUAUCAAGUAGAAAGAAAGAAAUCAUUGGUACAAUUACAGGAUCAAUUAGAAGAAAUAACUAAUAAAGCUCUUACUAAACCAGCUACAAUGAUAGGUCAGUCAUUACAGUGUUCUUGUACACAUCAUCUCUUUACAUUAACAAGAGGAGAUGAAAAGGCCAGACUACCAAUAUUCAAACAGUAUACAGAUAAUGAAGGUGGUUAUCUAUAUACUGUAUUUACUAUAGAUAUGUUACCUUGUGAUUUAUUCUAUAUAUUACGUCACCCAACCAACUCUAAAAGGGUGAGUGAAGAAAUAGAAAUUGUUGGUAUUAGUAUAGGAGCUCUGUCAACAGAAUGUCCUGAUAGUAGUAUAGACUCAAAUAUGGCUACAAGUCAUGCUAUAUUAGAUAUUGGUUAUUAUGAUACAAAGACCUUGUCGUUACUCCUGUUAGAGGAUGUUGAAGAUGGUAGACCAGUCCUUGUUCAACUACCUUUUUCUGUAAUUAAAGAUGACAGUUUUACCAAGUUAACAUCUACAGAAAAUGUAACAGCAAAUGUGAAUACUAUAGAAGUAGGUCCAUUAAUACCAAAACAUUCCUACCGACAUCUAGAAAACAUGCAGGCACAUUCAUUUGCUGUCAGUGGUAUUCGUAAAACUGCUACCGUGCUUUAUGCUUCAAGAAGACGGGUUCGUAUAUUUAUGUUGGAUGGAGAAGAAGAUUCUGACGAUGAGGAUGAAGAUGAAUCAAAAGAUGAGAGCAAUCUAGAAAUAAGUCGAUCGGAAGGAAAUUUAGAUGUUAGUCAACCCAUGAACGAGGAUGAAAAUAAAGAAAAUAAUUCUACUUAACUUUUUGAAUUGGAAUAAAAUCUGUAAUAUAAUAAAUUUGGUUAAUAAGGGGGAAUAACUCCAUUAUUCAGCACAGCCCAUGUUGAUGUCCCAAAGACAUUACCUUAGAACGGAGUAGGAUUUCAAGUAUACACCAUUUUCAAAUUUGUGUUGAGAUUUUUUGAUGGGUGGGGGUUGGAUCUGUCCCUGAGUUUUGUUUCCAGCUCAAAUCUUAGGAACCAUUAAAGAUAGGUUUUGAGAACCUUUUUGAUUUAAUCAUUUUUUUGCUUCUGUUAUAACAUUUGAGAUAUACACAAUGCUUAUCUUCACAAGCCGUAGAUGCCUUUAUAUUUUAAAUUGUCAUAUCACACCAUUAGAUAGGACUACUUCGUGGAAAGCAGAAAUAAGCGAGAAGAGAGAAAAUAGAAAAAAGUAAAGGUGUACCAUUUACAUAAGGGGCAACCUAUAUCUAUGGAAUUAUGCUUCAUCACAUCUUUGUAAAUACUGAAAGGAGUCAAUCUAUUUUUGGACUGAUAUUCCUAUUAUACAUUCAACAUUUACAAUAUUGUGUUUUGCAAGGACAGACCAGAGUCUUAUAAUCUUAUAUAUAGACAGUAGCCAACUGACGCCAUGGGUGCCAUUUUGUUACCCAUUUUUACAUUGCAGAUAGAACCACAUUACAGUGUGUGACCGAUUAAUAUGUUUUAGAUCUGCGCAAAUGUAUUUUUAUAUUUACUCAAGUGUAGGGGUAGACAAUAAUUUCAAUAAAUCAAUUAAUCACAAUA